AUGAGCGCCAAUCAGGACAAGGACCAGCCAAGCGUUGCUCAUAAUGAAGACUCGGAACCUGGCCAAAUCGUGCCAGAAUUUACAGAAGAGGAGGUCAAAAGGAUCCGUCGUCGAAUAGACCUACGGCUCAUUCCUGCCUUGGGUCUGAUGUAUGGAAUCUCACUGAUGGACAGAACCAACGUCUCUCAUGCUGCCAUCGCCGGCAUGUUUGACGACCUCAAUCUCAAUACCGGAUAUGGAUACAGUACAAUAACCUUAAUUUUUUUUGUGUCUUAUAUCGUCUUCCAGCCUGCGAUGACUAUACUCUGCCGCAAGAUCGGUCCAAAGAUCUUCCUCUCGGCUGCUUGUCUCGCCUGGGGUGUCGUCCUUAUCGGAUUCGGCUUUGUUCAAGACUGGAAAGCAAUGGUUGGACUUCGGGUUAUUGUGGGAGUAUUUGAGGCAGGCUUUUUCCCUGAUGAAAUUGGCAAACGGUACUCGGUCUUCUAUAUGACGGGAACUAUCCUGUCAGCACUAUCGGGGAUUCUGGCAUAUGGUUUAAUGCAACUGGAGGGUCAUGGCGGGCUACGUGGCUGGCGUUGUUCAUCAUUGCCCAAGCUAACGCAGGCUGGGGUGACAAGGAUUUUUAUCCUCGAAGGAAUCAUAACGUGUGCCGUGGCCCUCUUUGAUUAUAUUGUACUGGUCAAGUUCCCAGAUCAAGAAGCUGAAAGCCCUUCGCCUCUGUUCCUGCAAGUAGACGAAGCUAAGAUCGUGCUUCAACGUCUCGACGCUGACCGUGGGGAUACCAAACUGGAACCGUUCUCGCUCGCUGCAUUCUUAAAGCCAGCCAGGGAGAUUGAGAUCUGGGCUUUUGCGUUUCUAUUUUUUCUCUGCACGACCGUCACAUAUGCGUUUGGGUUCUUUGGCACCGUCGUCUUGAGACAAAGUCUCGGGUUUAGUGUAGCAGAAGCUCAAUGCCUUGGAUCGCCGCCAUACGUUUUCGCCGCAAUUGUCAUGUUCACCGGUUCUUGGGCCGGUGAUCGCUACAAGAAACGAGCACUCAUUCUCUUCAUCAACUGCGCGAUUGGAAUCACGGGCCUACCAAUUAUGGCUUUUCAUCCCGAUCCCAAGGUCAAGUAUUUUGGCAUUUUCAUCGCCGUGGCAGGCGUAAAUGCGAACAUUCCUGCCAUUAUGUCUUACCAGGCCAACAACAUCCGUGGUCAAUGGAAACGAGCGUUCUGCUCUGCUCUACUCACCGUCUUCGGCGGCAUCGGUGGUAUUGCUGGCAGUCUCGUUUUCAGAAGCCAAGACUCUCCGCACUACCGACCUGGUAUGAUUGCUUGCUUAGUCUGUACUGCGCUCAUUGCUAUCGUGACAGCAGCACUGUCUCUGCUUUUCAAGCACCGGAAUAGAAAGGCGGAUCGAGGUGAGCGUGUCAUCAAUGAGAGCCCAGAGUUUAGGUAUACGAUCUAG